AUGGAACAGCACAAGGCCACAGUCGCUGUCGUUGGACUCGGCGCCGUUGGUUUAGUCACAGUGAAGAAUCUCGUUGAGGAGGGAUUCGAUGUUACGGGCUUUGAAUCUAACAGCUAUAUCGGCGGGGUAUGGCACUACACCGAGGAAAACCAGACUUCAGUGCUCAAGUCGACGAUUGUGAAUAUAUCAAAGGAGCGCGGCUGCUUUACCGAUUAUGAGUUCCCUGCCUCGGUGCCUUCUCACGCGAGCGCUGCCGACGUCCAGCGGUACCUAGAAAGCUACGCUAAGCAUUUUGACCUCGAAAAGCAAUGCCGCCUCGGUGUAUCCGUACAGAAAAUCAGCUUCGAAAAGUCAUCAAGGAAAUGGAUACUGAAGAUGGCUGACGGUGCACUGGAGACGUUUGACAAGGUGGUGGUCUCGACUGGGCCAACGUCUCACCCGAACAUGCCCAAGAUUCCCGGAGUGGAACGCUUCGAGGGCGAUUACAUUCACUCGCAAGAGUUCAAAAGGCCAGAGUUAUUCAAAGGAAAACGUGUAUUGUUGGUGGGCUUGGGCAACACGACGGCCGACACAGUCGAAGAGCUUCGCGGGCAUGCCAGCGAGAUUUAUAUUUCGCAUGCCAAGGGCAUUCACAUUCUUCCGCGAAAGAGCAAAACCGGCGCGCCUUCGGACCACACCCUGACGCUGUCAAAGCUCAACUUUCUCGCCACGCUCGACAGGCACGCCCCCGCCGUCGCAGACUUCAUAUUUGACAAGCUCGUGGCCAAGCUCUCGCGCGAGGCCUUCACAGUCCAGCCCGAGUGGCGGCUGCUGCCCGCGCUGCCGGCCAAGUUUGGCGGCGUCAUCGUCUCGGACAACCUGGUGCCCAACUUUGCCAGCGGCGUCGUGACGUCGGUGCCGGCCGUCCGGUCCAUCCUGGACAGCAGCACGGUCGAGCUCAGCGACGGCAGCACGAUCCAGGCGGACAGCAUCAUCUGCUGCACCGGCUACCGCAAGGACUUUACCAUGAUGGACGAGGCGGCGGAUCCGACGCGCAGCACGCCACAGAGCUGGUACGAGCUGCCCGGCUCCUAUGGCAAGCCGCUCCCGCGUCUGUACCAAAACAUCUUUUCCCUCGACCACGCGGACUCACUGGCUUUCAUGGGAUGUGUCUGGUUCCUCAGUGGCGCGUUUCCACUGUAUGACCUGGCGUCGAUGGCGCUCGCGCAGGUGUGGGCGGGCAAGUCGGAGCUGCCGUCGGCCGCCGAGAUGAGCAGGGCCGUCGACGCGCACCACGCGCUCGUCUGCCAGCGGGCCAAGCAGGGCCCGACGCCGGGCACCUGGGUCCGGCAGAGCACCUGGGAGCCCUGGGCGCAGGCCACCGCGGGCACGGGGCUGGCCGAGAACCUGGGCUGGGGGUGGAAGGGCUGGGCGUUUUGGUGGAAUAAUCGCGAGUACUACAGUCUCCUCGUCAACGGCAUCUACUCGCCGUUUCUGCUUCGCGUCUUUGACGGAAAGCGCAAGAAGUGGGAUGGAGCCAGAGAGGCCAUUGAGAGGCUCAAUCGCAAGAAGAUUGCUUAA